AUGUAUGGAAAUGAUAUCGAAAACCGAAGCUUAAAAGAGGCGUUUAUUUCUGAUGUGUAUUUUGCAACCCAGCGGUCCAUCGUUGAUGAUAAGCCUCUUGUGAUUUUGGUGGAGGAAUUGUGUCAAGCUACACAAAAGGACAGGAACACUGAGACAAACUUAACAAUAUCCCGUUCCCACUACCAGCUCUUCCAGCAGGAGUUUCUAGGAUUAACCAUUCAAAAGCCAUCUUCUGACUUUGAAUUGCUACUGCAAAUAUUUCCUCAAGUUCAGCUUUUAGCCCCUCCAUCUCUUAUCGCCAUAUACCGGGGACGUAUCAUUCACUCUAUGAAAGGCAGCGCCUGUUCAUUUAAAACAGGAGACUUUCUUACUGAAGUACACCAAAAAACAAAGCAGGAGCGCAUGCGACAAAGUCACGAUAAUUCUCCCAAGACAAGGCAUAGUGAAGAUUCCUCCAAAAAUAAUGGGGGCGAUUCGAAUGCCGAUUCGCAAGAAGAUAUUGGCUUGCCUCAAAAUAUUCCGUGCUCAAAUUCCAGAAGUUGCAACAUACGUUCAGCAAGAAACCAGUACAGUCACACACAGGAGGACAAGAAAAGAUUACUGAGAAAAUUAGAGAGGAUGGAGAAGCAAUUGAAACCGGAGUUAGAGAGUAGGAGAUUUGCGAAACGUACACAGUCCGAAGUAUCUCAAGAAUCAAAUCCUCCCACAGAUGAAUGUUAUAUCCAAGUGAAAUUAGUGGAUGGGAUAACGAAGCGUAUGAAGUUUUCAAGAUUUGAUAAGCUGUCUACUGUACGUGAAUUCAUAUUGAAAAACUACAAAGAAUACCAACAAAUACCGUUUCAGUUUUUCAAAACCACUGAACGGCUUACUUAUUCUCAAGACCAUGAAAACUUGAUGCUCGACCAGCUCCAAUUAGAUAGGUGCACCUUGAUACUAAAACCAAUUGAUCCAUUCGAGAGUCAUACUGACACCGAUCAUCAAGGGUCAACUUCUUCCUAUCAAUGGUUCAAAAAAAAAAUAUUAUCUUUUCUUGGAUAUGGUGACGACCAGUUACCUAGAAUUCCUACAGAUCAUGCCAACGUAAUCUCGUCUGCUACAAAUAGGAUUUCAUCCCACUCACCCACACUGGACUCCGAAUCGGAUACGGAUACAGUAUACCACUCGCCUGAAAUACGUUCCCUACUGUCGAGAUCAACAUCACCUUUUGAACCAUCGCUCAAUAUAUCAUCUUCGGAUUCCAACUUUGACUUGAAUGGAGUGAGCAGCAAAUUCCUUUCAAAUUCUUGCUAUAUCUCAUCCUCAUCCCAACGUUCAUCAAACACGCGACCUGGCUCUGUAGCAGCUGGUACUUCUGCCUCGUCAUCGAAAGGCAAAUUAGCCGAGCUACUGGGCAGCGGAGGAGACGAAAACGGCCUAAAUUAUGUGAAUAUUGAAGAUCACAACGACGACAAACUUUCAUGA